AUGGACUCGUCUAGACGUUCCUCCGAGUUGAAGGACGCCUGGUCUGAGGAGCUACUCGCCUUGGGCGAUAAUGUUCCAGCUAUUGAGAGCAGUCUCCGUGAUGCUCAAGCUGUAGUCCGUCUUCAUGCCUCGAAGUUGAACGCGCACAAUAUCGCUGCUUCGCUACCGGUGGAAGUGCUGGAAUAUAUACUCCUGGAGACCCGACUUUGUGGCACUGAGGACGAUCCUCGCUUUCAGGAUGAUUGGCCGCUGGUCACUCAGGUUUGUCACCACUGGAGACGGGUGGGACUGGCCUAUACGCGCCUGUGGACCGAUAUCGAUGUUCAAGUACACGGCAUACCCUUCUGUAAAGAGAUGCUGCUACGAGUCGGCACUCGGCCGUUUGCUCUGAACGCCAGAGCUAAGGAAGAUCUAGAAUUCCUCUCGUCCUACUGCCUCAGAGAACGCAUUUGGCGUCAGCUGCUGAAGCUUGAGCUACACUACGAUGCUCAGAUGGCUUUUGCUGGAUCAGUCCUUGACAUCAUGUUCUCUCAUAGCCAAACGGACUCGCCUUCCGUCCUACAGAGUCUGACAUUGACUAGCGAAGUCCCGAGGAAUCUCCACUGGAGUUCCGUCAGAAGCAUGGUACCCAAUCUUCAGACCUUACACCUGUCCUACGUUUAUCCAACCGGAGUCGCGCCACCUGCCUUUCCGCGACUGACGACCAUCACCUUGACGAACACCGUGGUCUCAACCUCUGACGGGGUACCUGGCUUCCUUCGGUUACUCCGAGCCAUGCCUACCAUUGAGACCGUGACCAUUGCCAACUGCAGCUUUACUCCUCAUGUUAGCGAAGUAAAAGUUGUAUUGCCGAGGUCAAUGAAAUGUGUCGAGUUCAAGGCCUUCGACUCGUGGCACGUGCAUCAAGUCCGCGCCUUGUCCCUCCUGAUGGAACAAGCGACAGGAGAUCGCAAGUUCUCUGUCUGGAAUAUAGGCGAUGACACGGAUAUCCACGAUCUAUUCGCUGAAGUGCGCGAGGCCUACGAGAGAGGCAACGCUGUUCGCGAGAUACUGAUCGAGUUCCGAGGAUGGAGCUAUCUCGACAUACGCAUCGAGUUUUGCGCUGGCGCGAGAGAUCAAGACUCCCAGCCAUUAUGCAUCUACUUUGAGCGCGUGUACUCCCAACAUUGGAUCAUCUUCUGCUCCUCUUUGGAUGGUAUCGACAUGCGAGACGUCACCUUGCGAGUGGUAUCUGAAGACGCUACCCCCGCAACGUACUCCGCUACCUUCAACGCGUUAGCCGAGCUUCAGAGGCUCGCCGUGUCUACAAUAUACGUCACGGGUGCCUUUGCUUGCACCGCCGCGACAUACCUGUUCAUUGCGCUUCACAUGGAUGUAGACGAAGGCUAUGUAGACUCGGGUCCUACGCCAUUGGCAUUCGCAGCUUUACGCGACAUUGCCAUAGGCAAUUACGAUCAUCCUUCCACAGACACGCCUCAAGACGGGCACGACAUCGCACAGUGCUCGACGAACGUGGACGAGAGCGCCUUCCACCUUCUCUGGUACGCUCGGACCCGACGCAUUCGCGCGAUGGAGCCGCUGCGAACCGUCGCUCUCCCGGAGAUGCUCCUGAGCAAACCGUGGGUGGACGAGCUCAAUGAGCUGGUGGAGGAGGAAGUAGUAUCAUAUGAGCUUUAUACGGGUUUGGAGGGUGACGAGGAGGGGCGAUCGUGCCGAGCAAUCGUUCUCUGGCGCCCGCUCUUUCGCAAUGCGGUGUGGGCUUUGUGGAUGCCGCGGUUCUUGGUGUUCGCGCCGAUCAUCGGCGUUCUCGGCCUCAGAUUGACGCGUUCUCUGUAG